AUGUUGUGCAUAAAGAAACUGUACCGGGAGGAGUUGCUGCAACUGGCGUUGCUGCUCUCGUUGCUGCGCGUGGAUCCUGAGUCCUAUCUGGGCCUGGACAUCCAAUCCAUCGGCGUGGGCUCCCUCGAUCUCAACAAUGGAUCCGGCUGGCACACGGAUCACACGAUCAUCCACCGUCCGAUGUUCGUGCACCCAAAGAACCCGGACUCCAUGCUCCUGAAUUACCAGAGAGACCUGUUCGCAGAACUGAACUCACUGGGAAGAUACAACAGAAUGAAUUCCGGUCUCAAUGCUAUACAUGCUUACCUGUUAAACAUUGAAGAGUCGAACCGAGAUGCGGCGAUGGCGGGUCCCAGUGUACCAGUAUCAACAAAUCAGACCAGGGACAUGACGUCUCCUGAUCCACCAACUGCUACGCAGAGCCCUACUGAGCCAACCAGUGCAGCAGAACUCACGCAAGAGGAUAUGGACCUGAUUGAGGUCCUUUGGAAGCAGGAUGUGGAUCUGGGAUUUACGCUGGUGGAAUCGGCGACGCCUACCAAAAAAUCAUCCACAUCAGAGAAAGAAUCAGCGGAUGAAAUCGAGAAGUUAAAAGCUUUAGAAGCUAUUAACGCCACCAGUCAAAAGGACGAUUCCAAAGACUCCGAGACUCAGGAGGAUGAUCCAUGGGCGGGACUUCCUUACACAGUGGAUCUUGAAACCGGCGAGUACAUCCUCAGUUCUGGCAGCCAGAACGGAAGCGGAAGCAGCGUCGUCGAGAAGAACGAUCCGCUUCUCAACGAAGCGUCGUUGGCUUUAGACAAUCAUCCCUUGGCUGAUUUGGCCGAUGAUUCUCUGGGACUAAACGACACCUUAGGACUCGAGCAUGCAUUUACCUCGGACCUGCUUGGAGGUAGUCUGUUGGAAAACGCCAGCGUAGAAGGUCUCCUCAGCAACGAUACCCUGGGCUUACCCGACGAAUUCAAUCUCGAGGAGGCGCUUCAACUCGUUGGCCUCGAUGAGGCUCAACCAGAGGAAACGAAGCCGGAAGUGAAAAAGAAGAAGAAAGAGGAUACCGAGGACUCCGCAAGUGCAGAGGACGACAUCGCCGUCACCGCCUCGAGUAACGCCGAGGUCGCAAAGUCAUCUAGGUGCGAGGAUACCGAGACCGGCGACAUGAUUCACACGCAGUUUCAUCAUCCCCAUCAUCCCCAUCAUCCGCACCACCGCUCCUUCCAGGGUCGCAUGCCGUUCGUGCGAGCGAUGAGCAUGGAGCAGCGGUGGCAAGAUCUCGCGUCUCUGUUGUCCCUCCCGGGAGCACCGGACCACUUCGCGCAUCCAGCGCAUCCCGGGUAUCCGGGACACGGUAUAAGUCACAGUCAUUACGAGGCGCAACGUAACGUAUUGCUCCACAAUCCUACCCUGGCACCUCCGGUCGGAGACCUGAAUUCGACAGGACCCUACCACAAUGUCGGUGGGUCGUCGAAUUUGGGUUCAGCUGUGGCGACAUCGAUGAAUUUAACAAACAGUAGCGAACCGAUGGGUGCAGAAAGUGGCGCGGCUUACAAAUCUGAACCUAACGAUAUGAUGUAUUAUCAUGCACCAACGACAGAUUCUAUCAAUCAAACUACUGACGGAUUUCUGUCGUCCCUACUGAAUGAUGAGGAUUUACAUCUGAUGGACAUGGCUAUAAACGACGGCAUGUAUACCAUGCGUAUGUUGGACAACGGUAGUAACAAUGCGUCUGGACCCGCCGGUGCAACGGCUCUACCGGGUGUGCAAACGGCUGCCGGUACGACUUCGACGACUACGGGUGUCACGACUCUACCUGGCGUAGUCGACGAAAGGAUGGAUGCCUCGAGCGACAGCGCUGUCAGUAGUAUGGGCAGCGAACGCGUACCAUCUCUCUCGGAUGGCGAAUGGAUGGAAACUGGAUCCAAUUCCAGUCACACUCAGGCCGACUCUCAUUACACCAUGGAUUACGCGAGCAAAUAUCGCAUGCCGUACGAUUGCAGCUAUUCGGUAUCCGCGAGAAACGCCGGCUCUCCAAGAUGUCAAACCGAACGGACCGUACCGCCGGUCGCACAGAAGAAACAUCAGAUGUUCGCCAAGCGAUAUUUCCAGGAGCAAGGCACUUGUUCACCUUUAGGGGCCACUACACAUCCGACUACUCCGAUGAAGUAUGAAUACGACACACACACGAUUGGAGCAGGCGCACCGGGCAACGCAUAUUCUGGACCGAUCGAGGGUGCUGCUGGGCCACAGCCAGAAGUUAAGUACAGCUGUAGCGUGGAUUUUAGCCGUCAUCAAUCCGGGCGAUCUGCAAUAGAACAUGUUCAUCACAAUCACACCUAUCACUUGCCUGCCGAGAGUUCAGGAUCUCUUCAACGUCCUAUUUCUCGCGAUAAGAAAGUCCGCAAGAGUGAAGGGGAAGAGCAUCUAACGAGGGACGAGAAGCGAGCAAGAGCGUUGAAUGUGCCCAUUACAGUCAGUGACAUCAUCAACCUUCCCAUGGAUGAGUUUAACGAACGUCUUAGCAAAUAUGAUCUCAGCGAGGCCCAACUGUCUUUGAUACGCGACAUUAGAAGGCGGGGCAAAAACAAGGUUGCCGCGCAGAAUUGUCGCAAACGCAAAUUGGAUCAAAUCAUAAGCCUAGCUGACGAAGUAAAGGAAAUGCGAGAUCGUAAAAUGAGGCUUAUCCGCGAGCGCGACUUCAUGCUCAUCGAGAGACAGCGGGUGAAAGACAAGUUCAGUCAACUUUACCGUCACGUUUUCCAGUCCUUACGGGAUCCAGAUGGUAAUCAGUACCAUCCGUACGAGUACAGUCUACAGCAGUCUGCAGAUGGGAAUGUUCUGUUGGUUCCCAGAAAUCAGACAAAUCCGCAUCAAUCCCGACAGUCUUCAAUGGAACCGAAGACAAAGCCCGAUCCUGAACACAAGGAAUGAAACUGUUAAAGGAUUCAACGGGAUCGGUUAUUGAAGGAGUCCUGUUUUCCUUGGACGGCGCAUGCGUCCAAAGUGUAGUAAAAGCGAACACGACGUCAGGCCGCCAACACGUUGCUAGGCUUAUUGCGCGUAAUUCUUGUCGAGCAGAGCUCACACCCUUACGCUUGACAUACCUUGCACUGUGUCCAAAUGAACAACGAAACUCGUUGGAGAUACUGGCUUAGGAAUCGCGCGAUCGCGCGAUUCCCCGCAACUGACUUUUUAACACAUCUAGAGAUUUUUAGUAGAAGGAAAAAUAAGAUUUACUUCUAGUGGUGACUUUUGUGUUCAAGGGUGAUGCUACAGUUUUUCAGUUUUUCGACUACCCGUACUAGUACACAUUUUCGUAUCCGUAGUAUCAUUUUCCUUUCAUCUUCGUAAUCAAAGACGGCAUCGGGUAUGGUGUAUUUUUUUUGUAAUAUAUCUUCACCUUCUUGACUAUCAUCAACACGGCAAAAGUAAUCACUGAUAAAAUAAAAUGAAUGAUGAAAACUUGAUGAAAUUUCGUGUAAUAAUUUACAUAUGACGUUAGCUAAGAGUUAUCGAUAGAGAAACUUAAAACGUAAUUCCAGAGUUCACACUGGCCUUAUAGCAACACAUGUUACAACUCGCGAAAGGAAUAAUAAAAUCGGUUGUAGUAUAUGGGCUUCUUUAGAUUGCCUGAACGACGAGUCACGAUGUCUGUGGUAUUAAAAAAAAGAAGGUUGCAACAUUGAUUGAUACGCAUAGAGAAAUUAAUAUAAGACGGUUAUUACAUCGCCGAAGCAACACACGAGGACUGUUGCGUGUCACCAUGAAUAAUUGAAGCAACUCUAAAUUAAUCUCUUAUACUCCAAUUACUAUUCUUCCCGCUUCGUACUAUGCGUAAAAUAUGCUUGUUAACUUGUCAAAGUGCAUAUACGUAAACGUGUAAUCGACACACAUGUGCAGUGAUACACGCCGAUACUGAGAACGGCGAAGGCUCAGUUUUAACAUAAUAUGAGAAGGAUUUUAUCGCGUUUCGAUGUAAUAUUGCGUUCAUCUAUGAAUAUGAUAUAUAUAUAUAUAUAUAUAUGUACACGUACAUACAUGGAUUGAAUUAUAUAUAGCUUUCAUAGAUAUGUAAGAGUGCGACGAUUGCGUUGAAACGUACCCAUCCAGUGAUUUCGAUUGAUUAAUUGCGAUUAAUUGUUGAUAGCAUACUUACUUGCCAAAAUUGUGACACGCUGUCGUAACUUUCAGCGACCGACCGGGCCUCUGGAGCUCGUCGCUGCAGCGUCGAGUACAUUGUGCGCACACGUCGACGCGAAUAAAACGCGAAAUGUUGUUAAUCGCGCUCGUAUGUACUAUUAAACUUCGUUGUGUUAUGAACUUAGAGGAUACACACACUACGGUUUGAUACGCUUGCAGCUCCAUGUGCGACAGCGUCAUGGGUGUAUAAUGCAAAAAGCUAUAACUGCAUUUAAUUGAGGACGGAGCGAGGACGAGAUGAGAAAAGGCAAAUGGUCGAUACACACACACACGCAUUGGAAUACAGCGAAGCUAAACUACUUGCAGUAAACUAAACUCUCCGAACCAUUUUGUGUUCCACAUAGGAAGCGGCUUGAACAAAUACCCUUUACAUUUCACUACGGAUUCAAGUGAAAAAAAAACUUACGAGCGACUUACACACGUUGCAAUGUACAUUGAAAAUAUCUUAGCGGAUAAAUGCAAGUAUGUAUGAAUACAAACAACCACUACUGCGACGCGCUGUAGUGCUACAGUACUAAGAAUAGCAUUCAUUGAAUUACGAA